AUGGUAACAAUUUUCUCAUGCUCCGACCGUUCCUCGCCACUUUUUCAGUCGACGUUUUCUUGCAAGUCGCUGCUGCUCCUGCUCGUUUUCGUUCCCGGAUUUCUGCAAUUCCGCAGUAAUUUCGAUCAGUAUUUGCUCGAUAAACCGGUCCGAAAGCUUUGAGUGUUUGAUAGUUACAGUUCGUUCUUAGAUAGUCGUUCCGGCCGCCGAAGGAGAUUAUCAUUAUGUGAUGAUCGAAGCCGACACGAUUGCUCAGGGUGGAAGCCGAACUCCGAGCUUCGCAAAGAUCGGAGUCAUGUCAGUUCCACGUUGCAGAACUCCUCUCAAACCCUCAGUUUCUCGACAUUGCAGGCUUCUCGAUGGAAUGUUCACUUUCAGCGGAGUUGACGAGCGUUGGUUCAACCGACUGACGCAGGCGAACGGCCGGAAAUGCCAUCCGUUUUACGGAACGAACGUUGUGCACAAAUGCGAAGAUGAAUAUUUCUUGCUGAAUGCCGACUUUGUGAAGUGAUAAAUCAUUGAGUUCAGUUGCUAUCAUGUUCAUUUCAGCAUCAAGAAAGUGAUUUUCAAGCGAACUGACAGCAUUCUCGAUGUCUGCAAGAAGUUCCAUCCGAACAGUUCCCUCACCGAUAAAAACAACUUCAUGAUCCGUUUCGGUCGUCGUGCUCUGAUGGCUUACAAAAAGGGAAACAACUACAACAAAUGCAUCGGAACGUACGACAUCGAAGACGAUCAGUUCUCGUGCAUGUGGCCGCAGGAGGACGGCAACCUCAAGGAGCUCCGAAUCUCUGGAUUCCUGUACAACGAGAUCACCGGAAAUCCGCACAGAGACGACAAUACGGUAAGGGAAAAUGUGUGGGAUUCAAUGAAUCACUAUCGGCUUCAGGUCGAAGUGUUCUGCAAAGUUAUGCACAAAUUCGAUUGA